CAGGAAUGGUGUUGGUGAAGCUGUGGGCUCCGCUGACUGUGCCACUUUCAGGCAGCCAGCAUACAUCCUGAGAUCAGGUGAUACUAUCAGGAAUUCCUCUGUUCUGUAAAUGUGCCUCCUGUGGUUGACCUCAUAUAAUUGAGGAGUGGAGAAGAGUCUCAUCAAAUUGUGGAGUGCAGACGCCAGUCCAGGCGCAGUGAAAUGGUGGUCAAUAAAUUUGUCUGCCAAACGCUGACCUCGAUGACGGCCUGUGGGCAGCUGUGCUUGGAAAUGAGUGGGUGUCUGCUGGGUCACUGCGAGGGUAGUGUCCUAGGCUCGGUGCUGGCUGUGGCGACAGGACACCCUCCAGACACCCAGGGCCUAAGUCCUUCGCUUUUGUGGCCGCUCACCGGGUCUACACCGCCUCUCCGGAGCUGGGGCUGCUGCUGAAGAAGCCACGUGGACACCUGGCCGGAAGGUAUUUCUCAACCUUGGCCGCCCAGGCAGGGCCCAGCAUCACCGCGCUUUCUUCCGCCUCGCCCUCAGUGGGGACAAGCACGCAGGCUUCCCUGAAGCGCGCUAAGACCCUGCAGCCCAGCAGCACCGCCCCGAGGCCCGAGGGGGCGGGGCUCACCAUUGUGACAUCACCGGGGCGGGGCUCCGUGCGCAGAUGGACGUGCGGGCGCGGGGAAGGCAUCGCUUAGGCCCGGAUGCUGGAGAACUAACUGCUUAGGCUAGCGACCGCAAUGUGGAGGUGACCGGCAGCGUGAGGAUCCGGAGCCAGUGAGCGCGCAGGGCUUGGCCAGGUGGACGCCCGCCAGCCGGCGGGGCAGUCCGGAGCUCAGCAUGGAGGCCGAAGGCUUGGGCUGGCUUCUGGUUCCGCUGCAUCAGCUGGUCUCCUGGGGGGCCUCUGGGGCCAUAGUCUUUGGAGGGGUGGUGCCGUACAUCCCGCAGUACAGGGAUAUCCGGAGGACACAGAAUGCCGACGGUUUCUCAACUCAUGUGUGUCUGGUGCUACUGGUGGCCAAUAUUUUACGGAUCCUCUUCUGGUUUGGAAGGCACUUUGAGUCUCCCCUCCUUUGGCAGAGCAUAAUCAUGAUCCUGACCAUGUUGCUGAUGCUGAAACUCUGUACUGAGGUCCGCGUGGCAAAUGAGCUGAACAUAAAACGCCGCUCCUUUGCAGCUGCAGACAGUAAGGAUGAAGAACUCAAAGUUCCUCCCAAACGGUCCUAUCUGGACUUUGAUCUGCACCACUUCUGGCACUGGAGCAGCUUCGCUGACUAUGUGCAGUGUGUCCUGGCCUUCACAGGUGUGGCGGGCUAUAUCACCUACCUGUCCAUCGACUCAGCUGUGUUUGUGGAGACGCUGGGCUUUCUGGCCGUGCUGACCGAGGCCAUGCUGGGUGUGCCACAGCUGUACCGCAACUACUGCCACCGUUCAACAGAGGGCAUGAGCCUCAAGAUGGUACUCAUGUGGACAAGUGGUGACACCUUCAAGACAGCCUACUUCCUGCUCAAUGGUGCACCCCUGCAGUUCUCGGUCUGUGGCCUGCUACAGGUGCUGGUGGACCUGGCUAUCCUGGGGCAGGCCUACGCCUUCACCCACCAUCCCCAGAAGCUGGUGCCCCACACAGCACACCCCUCCAGUGCCAAGGCCCUCUGAGGUGUUCAAGGAGUACAAGGACAUGUGACUAUCAGUGUGGGGCACUGGCCAGAGCCUGAGCUCCCUGUUCUGGAGAAGGGUCCUAUGGUCCAUGCAGGAGAAUGGCCAUGUGGCCAUGUGGGUGCGAGUUCUCAGUCAGCCUCUGGGUGGGGUACUCAGGGCAGGUGGGUGAGGGCCAGCAUUUCAUGCUCACCAGCAUAGGUGAGAAAGGCUGUCACACCCUGGGCUGGCCCUUGGGCAUUUUUAAGGUGGUGGACAAAGUGAGUGCCCUAUGUCCUCUUGGAAAACACUGACCUGACCCAGAAACAGGCUUGCAGUCAUAUAGUGGGGCUGUAGCCUCCCUGGGUAAGCCUGGAGGAAGAAGGCUUUCAGCUUCAGGGAUAACAGGUGGGGAUCCCAGCUGCAGGCAGCCCCGUCCUCACAUUCUGCCCACCUUUCGUGCCAAGAUAUGAUUCUGCUAUGCUUGGAGGUAGGCACUGCUGGCCUGAUGUGUCACUGUAUUUUGUCCCUUUCUGUUUAACUUGAGGUCAUGCCAUUCUCAGCAGCCCUGUGCUGACCUGGCCUUUUCUGGGCGUAGAGUUCUAGAUGCUUCUGGGUGGAUUCUACAGGUGGUAUCUUCCCUUCUUCUGGGCAGAGGGCCUCCUUCUGAUACAAAGGUCUCUGCUGUUUGCAUUCAGCACCAAAGCUCUGUUACAGCUACUGUGUAUUUUGCCGUGGUUGGAGGGAAAUCACAGCACUGUCUCCAACUUUUGAAUUUCCCAGAGAACUCUUGAGUGUUUGAGUGAGGCUCUUACCUCGUUCUUUAGCUUAUAAAGAUGCUUUGAAAAUGUGUAUUUUUUUUAAAUUG